AUGUAUAGACAAACAGACGAUAUUUCCUGGCGAGUCCGAGCCUUAUAUGUCACUGGGUCCUUGAUUCGGGUAAGUAAUAGUUCUCUCUUUUGGACUCCAACUCGCAGACAGAGACUAAGCGACAACCACCCACACCAACGGCAUCAAAUCGAGAUUGUAAGUUGCAAUGAGGAGCUGAGGGCCAAUUACAGUAUUAAUGCGUUCAGCCGUGCGACGACGAGAGCAACUGGAGAAAAUCUGCUCCAUUGCUAUCUAUCUAUCUAUCUAUCUAUCUAUCUAUCUAUCUAUCUAUCUAUCUAUCUAUCUCAGCUAAUUACUAUAUAUCUGUCUCUGUUUCUAUCUAUCUCGGCCUAUUACUAUCUAUAUGUCUCUAUUACUAUCUAUCUAUCUAUCUAUCUAUCUCAUCUAAUUACUAUAUAUCUGUCUCUGUUCCUAUCUAUUUAUAUCGGCCUAUUACUAUCACUAUGCCUCUAUCACUAUCUAUCUAUCUAUCUAUCUAUCUAUCUAUCUAUCUAUCUAUCUAUCUAUCUAUCUAUCUAUCUGUGCAUAAAUAUCAUUAUUUGUCUGAAUAAAUCUUUUCAAAAACACGAAACGCGCAACGUAUAA